AAAAAAAAAAAAAAAAAAAGUUAUUAGAAAGAGAUGGAAGAAUCAACAGCAGAGUCCACUUCUUACAGACCAAUGGUGGUCAUUGUGGGGGCUGGUUUAGGUGGUCUGUUCUUGGGUAUUCUUCUUGAACGUGCUCGCAUCCCAUACCGCAUCCUCGAGCGUGCCAUUGAGGUCAAACCGUUGGGUGCGGGCGUGACACUAAAUGUCAAUAUCAUGCCUGCAUUUGAGCAGCUUGGCCUGCUGGAUGACCUCCUGAAGAUUGGCAUGCCAGUUUACGACGUGAAUCUGUUCAAUGAAAAGAUGCAGAAGAUAGGGACUGUCUCUGGCAUGAACAGGAGAGCCAUUGAUGGGUACGACACCCAUCUCUUCACACGCAAAAAACUGUACGACUUGUUGUUGAAGCAUGUCCCGGAGCACAAGAUUUCAUUCGGGAAACGCGUCGUUAACAUUGAAGAGCGGGACAGCAAGGUCUUUAUUCAAUGUGCAGAUGGAUCCAUUCAUGCGGCCGAUAUCCUUGUCGGAGCUGAUGGAGCCUACAGUACCGUUCGUCAAGCACUUUACAAAGGACUGGAUCAACGAGGUCUGUUGCCAAAAUCAGAUCUCAAGAAACUAGCUGCUGGGUAUAUCAAUAUCAUUGGAACUGCACAACCAAUAGCAAAAGGCGAUCCAACAGCAAUGCUCAACAAGUACCCACAAUUAAAAGAAGAUACGGUGCAGUUUUCAAGUGUUAUUGGCCAAAAGCAAUUGUCGUGGGGUGUUGCAAGUGCAAAGGACAACGAAGUCACAUGGGGUAUAGCAUACCAAUUGUCAGAGAAGGAAGCAGGCGAUCAGCUCAAGAGCUCAGAAUGGAACCCUGAAUCCAGCAGUGAUAUGCUCCGAGGUUUUUAUGAUCUACCUUGUCCUUGGGGUGGCACUAUGGGCGAAAUCAUUGAAGCCACACCCAAGGAAAUGCGCUCAAGAGUCGUUUUGGAAGAGAAAGUCUUUGAGACUUGGCAUCAUGGGCGAGUUGUCCUUAUAGGAGAUGCCUGCCACAAGAUGCUCAUAGGCGCUGGUUUAGGCGCCGUAAAUGCGCUCCAGGAUGCUGUGGUCCUUUCGAACUGCUUAUACGACUUGCCCAAUAUAAAUGCAGAGAGUAUCAAAGCUGCAUUCCAAGAGUACUACGAACAACGAUACAGCCAUGCAGUCAAGGCCUUCAAGUUGAGUAAUAUGGUUUCUGGAGUUAUGAAUGGCACGUCUUGGAAACAGAGGAUUAUGCGUUAUAUUUUAUUAAACUAUAUUCCGGCCAAGUUGCAUGAACGUAGUUAUGCAGAGUCAACAGCAUAUCGUCCUCAGUGUAAUUGGCUUCCCCUUGUAGCCAAAAGAGGGACAGGGGCGGUUUCACCACAAAAGCCAUCUAGACGGUAUACAGAAGAACAGGCACGCGCUAAAGCUGCCGUUCCCGUAUCACACAUCGUAGCCAAUGCGGCUGCAGCGGUUGUCUAAUAAUAAAGACUCAAGAAUAUUAGACGAUAGAAUGUAUUACGGACGGUAUCCAUAUUUGUACAAGCGGUAGUAACCAUGAGCAAUAAUGGUAUCGAUUGUGGACGAGGAUCAACCAUGCUGCGCUGAACAUCUUUAUUUUAUUUUGUUUUUCUCGCCAUCUUUCGAUGAAAGGUCAUGUACAUGUACAUGUAGAACAUAUACAUAAUGGUGCACUACAUGGAUUGUUUGGAGACCACUCCCCUCUAAUUGACCCAAUUGAGCAAUUAUGCUUCUUUUCUUUCUUUUUAUUUAAAAUCCAAACUAAAGUCGUGGGCUGAGUACGGAAGAGGUCGG